AAGAGCAUUGCGGAAGUUUAAUAUUCUUGUCGUAGGGCAACCGAGUUCAGUUGGGUGGGUGUACUUCAGUACAAAGGUUUGAUGUAUUUAGAGGACAUAUAACGUUUUUUUACGCACCGUAUAAAUGAGUGUUUUUCGUGUGCAACAAAAUGCAAUGUGUUUUUGAAGCCUAGUCUGUUUAUUGUAACGAACUAGAGAUAUGCUGAACACUGUUACCGGAAAUGACUGAGCCGCAUCGAGGAGAAGGCGGAAGAAUAUGUGCAAGUAGUCCAUUGAAAGUGUGGCGAGAGGUUGCAGAGGAGUGAAGGGAUGACUGAAUAUAAACUGGUGGUGGUGGGUGCUGGUGGCGUGGGCAAGAGCGCACUCACCAUCCAACUCAUCCAGAACCACUUUGUGGAUGAAUACGACCCAACCAUAGAGGACUCCUACAGGAAGCAGGUGGUGAUCGAUGGAGAGACGUGUCUACUUGACAUCUUGGACACUGCAGGUCAGGAGGAGUACAGCGCUAUGAGAGACCAGUACAUGAGGACGGGAGAGGGCUUCCUCUGCGUCUUUGCCAUCAAUAACACAAAGUCCUUUGAGGACAUUCAUCAAUACAGGGAACAGAUCAAGAGGGUAAAGGACUCGGAUGAUGUGCCCAUGGUGCUUGUGGGUAACAAGUGUGACCUCCCAGCUCGGACGGUGGACACGCGGCAAGCCCAGGAGCUCGCGCGAAGCUACGGGAUCCCAUUCAUCGAGACCUCCGCCAAAACCAGACAGGGCGUAGAGGACGCCUUUUAUACCCUCGUACGAGAGAUCCGGCAGCACAAAAUGAGGAAGCUGAACCCUCCGGACGACAGCGGUCAGGACUGCAUGAGCUGCCGCUGCGUUGUGUCAUGAUGCCAAGCUGACUGGCGCGUGUUGGCAGAAGUUGUCUCCGUACGGCAGACUGGACCCGAGAGGAACGACAUCUUCUGAAAGUGACUGUAAGCCGGCAAGGCCGUCUGUUUAAAGAACAUUUGAAACGGGAUGGCGCCUUGCUUUGACCACCUGGUUCACCUCUCUGGCCGUCCACAUCUGCCUGAUAAACACCACUAAUGACUUACUCAUUUACGCUCUUUAUUUGUUAUUCCGGCGUGCCAAGGCCGGGCAGCUCUGUGGAUUUCUGCUAAAUUAUUGUUCUCGAAGUCUCAACACUGGUCUGAAAUGAACUCUGCACCUCUCAAGACCUCAACAACACACAAACCUUCCUCAGCUCAGAUUGCAAUGACUGGACACUAGUGACCUCAUCCCAUGGCCCCGCCCCCUUCAGUUGCACCUCACGGACAGCAUACCGGUUGGGAGGAGAACGUUGGAAACUACGUAUACGAUAUUAUCUGGCGACAGUCAGAGACAUUUGUUUUGCUUAACAUGCAGGUUGUUUUAACAUAUGUUUGUGAAUAAGGCUUUGUGGAAAUCCAAACAGGAGCAUUAGUUAUGUGUGUUGGUUAAUGUGUAUGUUACGAAAGAACGUUACCAUUAGAAAAUAAAAAAGGCUGAACGAGUUUUCAAUAAUAAAACUGUAGAGUUGUUUGAAGAUUCUUUUUGUUUGUCUAUUGUUAUGUUUUGGCAAAAAUGUUUGUGAGGGAACACCUCAAUAAACAUGCAUAAAACAUUUA